CUCAAGCCCUCUGGGCUCCGGCGUCGGGGCGAUGGCGCCCGCCCCGCGGCCGCGCCCGUCCGGCCGCCCCGCGCCCGCGAGAACGAAGUGACCGCCCCGCGGCGGGGAGCGGGGCGGCCCUGCCCGCGGCGCGGCGGCAUGGUGCAGCCGCUGAGCUCGUUCUGCUGCGGCUGCCCCCUCGAGAUGGGCGUGAGGAUCACUCUGACGCUCCACCUGCUGUCGUGCCUCUUCUACAUGGCGACGUGUUGGCUCAACGUGGUCGUCGAGGCGCCCACGCUCGGCAGCGACGUGGCGAUGGGGACGCAGGCCUUCAACUGCGGGUUCGCGCUGGCGAGCCUGCCCUUCGUUGUGUCAGGCUUCUCGGGCGUCUUCUACGAGAUAGAGGUCCACCUCAGAGUCUACCUGUACUGGCUCAUCCUCACGGUGUCCAUGGACUCCGUGCUCUAUGCUUACGUGCUCUGCCAGAACUCCUGCGCGAAGAUACCAGUUUUUCUGGAGGACGUCGGGGGCGCAUUCUCUUGCGGAUUCAUGCGGAUGGCGGGUACGCUCAUGCUCGCAUCGUGGCUGGUGCUGAUGGGGUACAAUGCCUUCACCGUGUGGUCCCUCUGCGAGGAGCUCCAGGACAGGAGGACGCCAACUGCCCUCAUGCACCGAUCCUGGCCCGGCCAGCCCUCAGGGCCCGGGGCCGGCGGCUGCACCUGCCUGGCAGGGCCUGGGAGGAGCACCAGGCCCGCGACGCCGCGCUGCCACCUCACGGCGCGCGCCCUCGGAGCUCCUCGGCCCCUUCCCUGAGACUCGAUUUUCACUCCGGGCGUUUGCCUGACGCCCCCUCUCCUCCUUCGUCGUCCUCCUCCCCCUCCUGCUCCUCCUCCUCCUCCUCCUCCUCCAUGCUCCUCCUUCUCCCCUCCUUUUCCUCGUCCUCCUCCCUCCUCCCCCAGACCUCCAAAAAACUCCCUUUCCCCCCCAGGGGCCCGAGCGGGCCCCCGCGCGUCAGGGGCGGCCGGGCAGACUCCUGGCAAGCUGGCCCCCGCCGCGGCGACGCCUCGCCUCGCUCCAGGGCGUGGGCGGGAGGCCGCAGGGGCGCCUCGAGAGUGAGGGCUCGCUCCAAGACGUGGGCGGGAGGCCGGAGGGCGAUGGCCAGUCCUUGACGGGGGGGGGGCCUGGACCUGCUCCGCUCCGCAGGCCCAGCCUUGCAGGCACCGGCGCGCGAGGAGCGGCUCGAAGCGGGGCAUGAAAGCUGGCACGCGUGCAGAUCUUCGGAGCUCCGCGCGGGCUUCUCGGGUCGGCGCUGGCUUCCCUCGGUCGGCGCUGCCCAGCGCCGCCCCGCGAGCUCCGCGCGGGCCUUCAACAUAAUGAUGCGUACCUGCUUGUGUUUUUUUAUGCGGUCGGGAGCUUUGGCUGCGCGUGUCGCGCCGCUGGGCCCUGGCCCGCCCCGCUCUGGCGCGACCCGCCAUCCACGGCCCGGUCUCCAGGCGCGUCCCGAGCCUUUCCAUCCUCCCGCCCCGCCGAGCGG